CACACAGCAAACUCCCACAAACUGCAAUGUGCCAAUGACCAGAAAUGUGCUUUCUUUUUGUGAUGUCAAUUUCAGGGAUAAAUAUUGGCCAGGACACAGGGAUAAUCCCCUGCUCUUUGAAAGAGUGCCAUGAGGUCUUUUAUAUCCUCCCAAGAGGGCAGAUGGAGUCUCCGUUUGAUAUCUCCUUUGAAAACCAGAUAAAAACCCAGGUGAAUUUGGGGGCAAAGAAUUGAGGAACUUACUCUCCGACCCAUCUUAGAAAUUGAAACUAGUCCAGGAGAUCACUCUAUCCCUGAACUCUUUGUAGCACCUUACCUUUUGUAAGAGAUGACAGAGAGCCACUUAGUCAAGCAUCAGCAACUCUCUGACCUGCGCAGGCUAAACUUAGAGUUCCAUAGAAGUUUUGACCAAGAGUUCGGGUCAUUAGAAAAAUCUGAGAAUGAGAAACAGGUUCAGCUCUCACUUGAAGGAAUUCGGCAAAUCAGCCUUUGCCAUUGGAGAUGAUAGCCUGUUCCAGGGGUCUGCUAUUCUCAGGAAACGAACCACCACCUGACCUUUAAUCCUACAUCUGACCAUUUACAACUUAAAAUUGAAACCCGCUGGUCCUCCCUAAUCUAUUUAUUGGAACAGGCUGUCAACUGGCACACAAUCUAUUUGUUAUCUUACAAACCUCAGUCAAACUAUCCCUAGGUCUACCUUUCUGUAAAGUGUAAAGUCUAUCUUGACAACUAAGAUUCCUUAAACUAGGAAUUACUCUAGUGGUUCUCAGCACCCUUUCCAAAGCCUCAAUAUGACCAACCAUGUGAAGAGAUCAAAACCGGACACAGGGUUGUUGCAAGUGAUACAAAAGAGAGAGGAGAGACUGUGGAAAAGAGGUAAACAUACAGUAAAAGAGUGAAAGAGGGACGAAUAAGCAGCAGAAUAAGAAAAGUGCCAGGCGGCAAUAAAGAAGCAAAGAAAAAAGGAUAGAAGACAGAGUGCAACACAGAAUUAGAGAGUUAAUUGACCCUAUCCAUAGAAGUUUGCUUUUCAGUUUUAGUAUUGAACUUAUUUAUCAUAAAUGAUCUGUGGAAUAUGCUGACUUUUAUAAAUAAGUCUGCAUAUUCUGCAUGUUUCUGUUGCUGAAUUAUUCCUGCUGUGUCAAUUAUUAGCUUGGUUUAAUUAUUUCCAUUUUUGCACACUAUUGACUAUAUUUGCUAUUCCAAUACUCUAAUCUGUCUUGGCAAAAUUGAAGGCCUGAUUACUGUAUAAUGUCUAUGCACUGAAACUGAAAAACAGCAGUUGUUUUCAAAGAAACAUUAAUUCUUAUAAAUGAGCUGGGUAAAAAUGUUAGUAAUUAAGUAACUAUAUGAACCAACAUCCUCAAAAUAGAUACCGCAGCACUCCCUUCCAAGAAACUUGUUGAAUGCCUUCUGAAAUAUGUUUUACCAUGGUAGGUUUAAAAGUUUACUGUUUAUUGAAGCUGACAGGUCAAGGAUAACCUAUUUAUGAAUGAAACUGCCAUUCUUUUCAGCUCCAAUAUCCACACCUAAACAUGGUUUUGAAUGAUGUUUAAUUUUGUAGCACAGUUGACAAUCACACAAGGUGAGUUAAAGUUAACAAGUGAGGAAAUUCAGCAUUGUUGUCAUUUGAUCAAACCACAAGAGUUGUGGGCUCAUGGUUACAAAGCAAAGGUGUAUUAAGGAAAGUAUCUAUUGAGCUGGUAUGCAUUAUCCCAGACUGAUGCCUUUGUUGGGGUGGGGAGCGCAGGGGGCAGGAACUCCUAGUAUUUAGUCCCUUUCUACUUUAUAUGCUUUGAUUUUGUACAGAAAAAGGAAAAGUAAAUUUGACCUAAGUCUCAUGACCUCUAGAAAGCAGAGCAACAAACCUAACAUGACAAAUGCUUGUGAAAUUUUAGCAUUUUUAGAUAUUAUGUGGGGAACAUCAAGUCAAAAGAAAUAGAUGUGACAAUCUUAACAAUGGCAUUUUACCAGACAUGGCUAAGUAUAUUAGAUAGUAAUUAUGUUCAUGCACUCUUCUUGCAUCUUUGCUUUUCUUAUUGGUUUUCUGCUACUGAAAUACUGUCUUUUAUGCCUGUUAAUUCUGGAAUUGUCUCUCUUUUAACCAUGCUGCUCUAUGGAUCUGAAAGGUGGGGAUAUUAGCAGAUCAUACCCACCCCUCCUUAGCUGUGUACUCCAAAACCAGAAUGCCUCUCGCGAGUUAGGUCACAGUAGUCGCUAUAGCCAGCCCCUGGUUGUAAUUACACCUAGCCCCAAAAGGUCUGUCCUAUUCAAGAAUGGCUGGCACCUGAACCGACAAAAUGCAGAAGCUUGGAGCAGCACGGAUGAAGCAACUUCGCCAAAGCUAAAGUCUCGCAGCUGUGACGAUCUUCUGCAAAAUGACUACGUUGAGGUUCAGGAGGAGCAAACAAAGUCUGAGAGCAUGGUGUCAUUGCUUUGCGAAGACCAAUCCAAAGGUGAAUACUCUAGAGGUUGGCUGACGCCUCAUGGGACUGGGAAUGGGAAGCCUCAUAGAUCUCGAAUUCGCUGCAAGUCAGCACGUGGCGGCAAAGGCUUCUUGAAGUUGUACAAGAAAAUGCACCAUAUAAACCGCAAGGAGUUAAUAAAUCCAGAAGUAAUUUGCACUGUGAAGUCCAGGGUGUUACAGUAUGAACAAGAGCAACACAGGGGCAUCUUCUCAGAAUGGAAAGAAUUUUCCAACGAGGUACCUAGGGACAUGGUGCCAACCAGAAUCUCUGAAUUUGAAAAACUUAUUAAGUCAAAAUCUAUGCCCAAUCUGGACAAUGUGAUUUUAUCUGAAACCUCUUACACAGCUGCUAAUAAGACCAUCUUCCCAAGACGACGAUUAUCUAUUGAAUCUUUACUAGAUGAGGAAAAUCAAGGCAGGAAAAUGUCUAUGAUGCAGCAACAUUGCAUGUCCAAAGCUAUGAUGCCAAUUCAUAUAAAAGUGACAAAUGAAAACCAACAAAGAAUAGCAUCAAGGUUUGAAAAUUUGGAAGUGGACAGUGACCAUGAGGCAGUAGUCUCAGACCUAAGUGAUUGCAUUCCAAUUGAAGGCUCUUCCUUUUGUAGCGAAAGUGACUUUGACCAUUACUCAUUCACCUCUUCAGAAAGCUUUUAUGGCUCAGGCCACCAUCCCCACCACCAUAAGCAUCUCCUCAGCUCCUGCAAAGGCAGAUGCCCAGCCUCAUACACCAGGUUCACCACCAUGCUGAAACAUGAAAGGGCCAAUCAAGAAAAAAAGACGACUUCAAAGAAACCCGAAGCCGAGUCCAACCUUUCAAAGUUAGCAUUCCUCGUCAGCCCAGUGCCUUUCAGGAGGAAAAAGGGCUUACCGCCCCAAAGAAAAACUGAAAAGCCAAAAUCGAAAUCGGUGUUUGAAGCACUGGAUUCUGCUUUGAAAGAUAUCUAUGAUCACAUCAAAGCGGAAAAGAGGCGUGGGAGUCUCCCUGAUAACAGCAUAUUACACAGGCUUAUAACUGAACUGCUUCCAGAUAUUCCUGAAAGAAAUUCCUCCCUCAAGAUCCUAAAGAAGAAAGGGAGUCCACAGCCUUCUGAGCAGCAAGAGGAGGAGGUUAAUUUUCCUUUGUACCAGUGUGAUUAUGAAAAAAAUCCCAUUAGUGCCUCUUAUCAGGACAUGGACACCAACAACAACCCAGAAAAUGAUUACACAUACUACCAAGGUGGCAUAUAAACCAUUAUCUUCACUCUGUCUGGGAAUUGUGUGAUCAUCAACCAUUCAUUCUUCAUUCAUUUUGCCAUCUACACUGUAAAUCGGGUGAUAAAAUAUUAUUUUUAGAGAACUGUUAAAGUCAGAAUGUAUGGCCUCAUAGUUAACAUCGAGAUGCUUUACCUAGAGGCACUGACUAUGCACAAUAAAACAAUUAAGCAUAAUUAGGGGAGAAAAAAAUCAAAAUUUAA